AUGGCCGAGAAGAACAAUCAGGCCUCUCCAUCAGCAGCAGCUACUAAUGGACAGCACCCCACAAGUGAUGAAGAAUCUGCCACUUUGCCAUCCCAGGAGCUCAAACGCAAGAAGAGAAUCAAAUUGGCAAUCUAUAUUUCUGCUUUUGUUGUGGUUCAGAUCAUAGUUAUCACCACAUUUGCACUCACUGUGAUGCGUGUGAAGUCUCCCAAGCUCAGAUUGGGCGCCAUCAGCGUCCAAACUCUCAACGCUUCCUCUUCAACACCUUCAUUUGACAUGACCUUCACAACCCAAGUCAGGAUAAAGAACACAAAUUUUGGUCGCUAUAAGUUUGAUGCUACCAAUGCAAGGUUCAUGUACGAAGACAGGGCUGUUGGGCAAGUUAGAAUUCCCAAGAGCAAGGCUGGGAUGCGUUCGACCAAGAAGAUUGAUGUGACUGAGUUUGAAUUCCAAAGAGUUGCCAAGCAGAAGCAGGUACAAUCUUGGCAAUGA